ACCUUUUUCUGGAGCUCAGCCGUCAUGCCAAAACCUUUAGGUCUUGAAGCCAUCUUUAAUUACAGAAAGAUUUCGUUUUGAAUGUCUAAACCCACUUUGUCUAUUGCCAAGAUGUUAAGCAAUGAUUGUUUAAAUAGUUAGACAAUUUAUGCAAAACCCACGCCCAAACAAUACCAUUAUUGACAUACUUAGGUGCCACAUACUUAGACGUUGAUUAAUUAAUAAACCAUAAUCGUUAUUUUGUACAUACUGUAUUUUUGAAAGCAACAUUUCAGGCUUAAAGUUUGUACACUAAAAACAUGGUUUAAAGGUCUUUAAGUAAAUUUAUCAGUUACAAAAGUGAAAUUAUGAGUAAAAAAGCAAUAUCAAUAAGUUUCUAGAAUGUUACAGCAGGAAAUAGCCUCGGAAAUACGUAAAAAAUAACAGACACAUGGAAUAUUUUAAUAUGUGUAUUUAAUAUUCUGUACCUGGUAAUUUAUUCACCCAACAUGAAUUAUAACCAUGUAUGGUAAAAAGAUCAAAAAUAUCUAUGGAGAUUUUGUUGGUUGAAAGAGCGUGGGUCAAUACAAAUAUUUUUGUAAAAAAUUGGUUUUCCUUUCCAAAAUAUGCCUGUAAGUUAUGUUGCCAAAAAAUACUUGUUUAUAUAUAUCAUUCCUAAAAAUAACCAUCCCUGCAAGUCUUUCAAAAAUUGUACAUGAAAUGCUAGCAAUUUAAUAUUGGUAGCCAUUUUAGACAUUUUAAUAUAGCCGCAAUUAUAUACUUUAAAACAAAGUAUGUCAGCAGGUAUAUAUUUUUUGUUUGACAAAAAUAGUUAUAAGGUUAGCAUGACUCAUUACUAUUGAUCAUAGUAAGUAUUAUGGUUAUAAAAUAGUAAAAAUACUACAUUGUUAUUAAUAAUAAGCGGCAAAUAAUAAAUCAUAGAUGAUAGAUACUAUCAUGGCAUAUUAUAAAUUUAUACAAUGAAUAUUGGGCAUUUGUUCGAGUGUUCUAACAGGGAUUAACAUGCUGGGUGAUCAGUGGCGGUGCCAGGGGGGGGGCAAGGGGGCAAAUGCCCCCCCCAAUUAUUUUUGCCCCCCCCCCAUUUUGCCCCCCCUCAAAAAAAUUAUUAGUCACUAAGAGCGACUAAAGGCUACACAAGCGUUCUGUCGUUAUCGGAAAAUGUAUGGCUUAUAAGUUGUCAUUACUCAUUAGUGAAUGCGCAUAUACAUGAAACUGUUUUUUACAGUUUCAAUAUUAGUUUGUAAAUUUCUGAAUGGUAAAACUUGCCAAUACUCCAAUAAUACGUUUCAAAAAAAGACAAAAAAAAGCUUUAGUUUUGCAGAAUUAAAUUCUCAAACGUGUAAGGCAAUAAUAAGAUGAAAGUAUCACGAAAUUAUUUGAAUAAACCACAUCGCAUAUAUGGGGGGCGAAUAUCUCAAAGAGGGGCGAUAUUCCUAGGGUAUUUGCCCCACCCCCUGGGAGGCGAUAUUCCUAGGAUAUUCGCCCCCGGGGGCAAUAUUCCUAGGAAUAUCGCCACGUUUUGAGGGGGGUGGGCGAAUUUCCUGGGGGGGCGACCUUUUUAAAAAUUCUAUCUUGCCCCCCCCCAAAUUUGAGUUUGCCCCUCAAAUGCCCCCCAAAUUUGGAAGCCUGGCGCCGCCACUGUGGGUGAUUAACAUGCUUGGGUGAACUCAGACGAGAAAACUCACAGUCGCGUUUCCAUGCAGCAGAGGUGGCCCUUAUCGGCCACCGUAUAACUGUCUGGUCAUGUUUGUUAAUUUGAGAGUUGAAACUCUGGAAAAAGUUGGAAACAUAGUUGUGGAAAAUGUUUUGAUCAAAUUUCAAUUUUUAUCGACCUACAAAAUAUUUUUUUAAAUAUUCAAUUUUAGAUUUGAACUGUGAUGAGAAUUAUUUUAGUCUGUUUCAUUUUUGGCCUACAAAACUGCUUUUUCGUGUGACAAUUUGUUAUUUUUGUAUGACAAUUUGGUACCCUACAUUUCGUGGAGAAACACGCCUCUUUUUUAUAAUGAUCCAACGUUUGUGUUAGAGACAAAAAAUGUGCUUCCCAGGUAACAAAAUAUUUCUUAAUUAAUUAACAACUGCAGAACAUAUUUGUGAUUUUUGUUCUAGAAAAUUUUCUGAUUUGCUCACCUUCAGGAAACAUAGGUUGGAAACAAUUAUGUUUUACUGUAACAAAAAUGUUUCAAUUAGUUCUACCAGAGGCCCAAUGGACUUCGACAAUUCAUAAUUUAAACAUUUUUUGUGGGAAAGAUGGCCUUCAUGGCAAAUUCACCAUAGCAUUAUAAACAGUGGAAAUUCAUGUAGGGAAAUUUACAAAGCAUAACCUCUAAACCACACUCAGGGUUGUUUUCCCCUGAAAAAUUGCAUAAAAGAAUCAGAAGAACCUAAUAGCUGGAUGUGGCCUUGUAUAUUGAUCAAUUCUGAUCUUUCAGAAUCUUUUUGAACCAGAAGGCACAGCUAAUCCAAAAGAACAAUCACAGGUUAAACAGCUAUUUCUUAGAUCCAAAGAGUGGAAACUGCAUGUCUCUACUAGGCCUGAAUAUUUGUAUAAGAAAUGGACUGACAUAAUAUCCCCUGCAAGCAGAGCUUCAUAGGGUAACUGUAUAGGGAGUCUGGUCAAGUUUAAUUUAGUCCAAUAACUUGGCUUGAUCAGUAGCGUAGCCAGUCCGAUGAUUUAGUUACGCUAUGCAAAUAUUUUCAUGUUCAUUGACUGUGAAAACAAUCAAUUUCUAAAGAAAUGAAUAAUGAUAAUAAUUUUGAAUUUGCAUAUAAGCGAGACUAAAUUGUCGGGCUGGCUAAAACAGCCCCAAAAACUCAAUCUUGAACUGAGUUUUGAAACUCAAUCUUCUCAUCAAAAGAUUCUGUGCAGUAAAAUGAAGUUGUUUGAGUUAAAUUCAUGACGUGUGCAAAUUAGUUUUCAGUUGAAAACCCGAAAAUUAAGUAAAAAGUGGCUGGAAAUCAUUUCACAACACAAGAAAAACAUUAAUGCAUUUACUGUCUUUAACCAGUUUAUAGUGUCCCUUGGUGCCCCUGCUUUAACACAUUGCAUCUCAACUACACUAAAGUAAGCACAGGUUUCAGCCUCCCGGUAGGGGGGGGGAAGGGGGAACAGCCGCCCCAGACCCUUAGUUGUUCAGUUAAACUCAAUCCUUUCUGCAAAAACGGACCCAAGAGGAAGUCCUGAAAAAAACCCUGCCCACUGGUCGUGAUGGCAAGUGAACAAAAAAGUUCAUGCAGUCUUAUUGGUCCUUGCUCAACAUCUUUUAUUCGUUCAUUUAUACCAGGUGUCUUUGAAUGUCGGUGACCUUUCUGAACCCGAGGAAACAACAGAAUUAAAAGCCCCAGAGCAAAUUGAAUCUGACCCAUGCGAGAAGAAAAAAUCUCACAAACAUGAACUUGGAACGUUGUGGAACAGAAUCAUUGUAAGGCAUAGUCCACACUCAUCAACCUUAUGGCUAAAGUACAAGAAAGUGAUCUUAACAUUUCUUCUCCUUAUUGCACUCAGUGUGUACUGUGUGUUUGGGAUAAUGAUUUCGGGUUUUGAGAAAGCAAAAGAUCUGUUUGGUGUGCUGGUUUUCAGUGGUAUUAUUGUGGUGUAUAUUGUAAUAAGAGAUACAUUUGGCAAGCAGAUUAAUGCCCUGGUAAUAAAGCCAGUCAGCAAAAUGAUUGAAGAACAUUGGAGCAUUUUGAGAUGGUAUGUUUAAUUAAUUAAAAUAUACAACAGUUGUCAGCUCAGUCAUUCAAAGCUAUUUUCAGCUCAUUACCUACUCCACACUUUCCGAAAAAUGUCAUCUGUCAACCAAACAAUAACUUUCGACUGAAUUAGAAACAGGUUUUGAAAAAUUUUUAAAUUUUGGUAAAGUAUAGUAAGUAGUAAUUAAGGCAUAAAAAAUACCUGUGGUUCCGGUUUCAUGUCGUGAAAAAAUUAGGAUACUACUAGGUAGGUCUGAUAGAAGCCAAUGAGGUAGGUCAGUUAGAAGCCCCAUGGGGUGGGGACACAAAAUGAUUCUUCCCAAGAAUUAUUCCUUGAUUGCAUGAAACACUCAGACUAUAGUUGCAAUCAUUAGAGACAAGCAACAAUCUGACUGUAUUAUUUUGCUCUAUAAUGCAGAUGAUAUUGAGCACUCGCUAGCCUUUUGUUGACCAAAACACACUUAUUUUUAAUAAUUGUAUUUCAAAAAUUAUAUUUUUCCUCUUUCUAGGUUCAUAUAUGGUACACUAUUGGUGUUAAUUUUACUGUGGUUAUUGCUUGAUACCAUCAAGGAUGCCAAAAGAUUACAGUCUGUUGCAGGAUUGCUUGUGUUCGUCUUUCUGGCAUAUCUUGUAUCAACCAACAGAAGAAAGGUAACCAUCCUUAAUAAAAAAAUAGGUAUGCAAGUGUACAAUUAAUUUUGUACUGUAUACCUAUCUGGACCAGUGAUCCAGAUGUGGGUUAUCUGAUUCUUGGAGGGGGAGGGGGUUAUAAAAAAUAAUUAAAUUUUGGACCCUGAAUAAAAAAUGGCUUACUGAUUAUAAUUUUAAGUGAUAUCUAGAAGGACAAAGUUGAGAGUAACAGGAAACAGCAGUUGGAUUUCUUUCCAUAAUUUUCCUUCAUCCUCCUGCAUUUUAUCCUUUAUUUAAUUUAUUAAUUAAGAAAGAAAAGUUUGUUUAGUUUGACAUACUAUUCCAUUACCCUAUGGCUGUAAUAUAGCUGUAAUGUAUUCUUAGCGUAAACUCUUUUUUAGUAGUACUAACUACAGUAAACAACUGGGACAUGUUCCAAAAUGCAUUCAAUUUGUGUUUUUAAAGAUGGUGUGUUUCAACGGAAUUGUCUCUUUGUAUAGAUAACAUGGCGACCUGUUCUCUGGGGUUUGGCUCUGCAGUUCAUAUUUGGCAUUCUGAUUCUAAGAACGAAGGAAGGAUAUGAUGUUAUGAAAUACAUUGGAGAUAAAGUGACAACAUUUCUUGAUUUUACCGUGGCAGGCAUUGUGUUUGUGUUUGGAGAGAAGUACUUUUUGCAUUUUGUCGCCUUUAAGGUAAUUACAAAAACAUUGUACCUGGUUUUAAGCAAGGUGUUAUCCAAUAUCUAAGAAUAAGCUAGCAAUUUCCCAAUUUACAUCUGCCGAAAAUAACAUGAUUAUUUUUUUUAAAAAGUUAGAAAUUGAUUCAAUGUUCAACUUCUAGAACAAUUUGAUGUGGGACUUAACCCCAUCAGUGUUACGAGGAUGCCAUCUAGCCUAAAAUUUAUUUGUCUGUUUUUAAUUAACUUUUUCUUAACCCAUUGAGGACAUCACUCUCCACUUGACAAGUAAAGUCAUCUGGCGUUAGACAGAGUAAAAUACUAAAGCAGGGCACAUUGCUACUUAAAGGGAUAAGGAUUAACUUGGAUUUGAAUGUCUUGGCACAUCCAACCAACAUUGUAAAACACAAUGCACACAAAUUAACAAGGCAAUAUUUUUGCUUCAUUUUCAAGGUAUUAAUGGUGGUGAUAUUCUUCAGUUCAGUGACAUCUGUCUUGUAUUAUCUUGGUGUAAUGCAGGUGAUAAUAAUCAAGUUAGCAUGGCUUAUGCAAGUCACAUUGAGAGUGUCUGGAGUCGAGGCAUUGUGUGCUGCUGCUAAUGUUUUUGUAGGCCUGGUAAGAUAUUACAAAUGAAGAAGAUUUUUUUUUGGGGGGGGGGGGGGGAAGGGGUUGAGGGGAGGCUGCAAACCGGUCCCAGUAAGUUUUUGGUUGGCCAAUCCAAAUUGAAGAAAAUGGACUUGAUAAUAAAAUUGGCACCCCCUUUGCCAACAGGUUGUGCACCCCCUGCACAACACCACAGGAAGUCUAUCCCUGAACCGGAUAAUAGAUAGACAUCUUUGAUAUUUUUUUUUGAAAUCAUCCCUUGCUCGAAUUUUAUUUUUAAAAAAGUGUUGGCGAGUGGGGGGAGGGAGGUUAACAUUUUUUCAGGACACUAAAAAAAGGGUUUCUUGUUAAAACAUACUUAAUUAAAACCUUUUUUGCACCAAUUAAUAUCUUCAAUAUUUAGGUUUAGAAAUUUUUUUCUCACACUAUUACUUAUAUCAAAAAAGUUUUAUUUUCCAAAUUUGGGGGCCACCCUUACACAACUUAUAAUUUUCUCUAUUGAAAAGUCUCUGCACAAUUUUUUUUUUAACUUUUUUCGUGCUCGAAUUUUUUUUCUGUUUCCCCUGCUCGCUUUUUUAAUUUUUGCUUUUGCCCCCCCCCCAUUACUUUUCUAACGGUCCGCCCCUAAUCUAUCUUUAGGUAGAGGCGCCUCUUUUGAUUGGCCCAUUUGUGAAAAAUGUCACAAUGUCCGAGUUGCAUGCCAUAAUGACCAGUGGUUUGGCAACCAUAGCAGGCGGGAUGUUAGCUGCCUAUAUCAGUCUUGGUAUUGAUGCAAAUCAUGUGUUAUCUGCAUCUGUCAUGUCUGCUCCAGCAGCAUUGGCUAUUUCCAAGUUGAUGUACCCAGAGACUGAAGUACCUGCUACAUCGGGAGUGCAUGCUAUACAGUUUCAGAAAAGGUCAGUCAUAUAUAUAUUGGUGGAGAGUUUGGCCACUGAGAACGGCAAUGGUAGAAACAAAAUUACUUACAUUUUUGUAUGCGAGCCACAGCAUUCAUUACUAAACUUUAUUUGCCUCUCAAUAGUACUUACCUUUCUUUUAAUAAUAUCAACCCUUUACAUCGUAGUGAUAGUCAGUGAAUUCACAUAAAACACCCCACAUGACUUUGCCACUUUGAACAACAAUGGCAUACUAGAAUGCAGGUCAAGAGAAUACAAGUUAUAUACAAUUAAACUGAUCAAUUUUAAAUAUAUAUUUAACAUUUUAUUUCUUUAGAAAUGAGAAAAAUGUGAUAGAAGCUGCGGCCCAGGGAGCUUCAAUUGCAAUUGGUUUGGUUGCGAAUAUUGGAGCAAACCUGAUUGCAUUUUUUGCUUUUCUUUCUUUCAUAAAUGCAAUAUUGUCCUAUCUCGGUGGCUUGGUUUUAUACCCAGAACUUUCAUUUGAGGUAAGUUCUUACUUCAGUGUAUUUGACCAGUAGGCGGGCAACUCAGCCCACCAACUCCUGGAAACUUGGCCCUCCAACCAACUACGUUUUGUUCCUUCUGGUAAUAGAAGAUGACUUAUGGCAAGUCCAACCAUGGUCCAACCAACUCUGAACAGUUGUUUACUUUGCAAUUAAUUUUCUGCUUCCAAUUAUAGCUAAUUUGUUCAUAUAUCUUUGCACCAUUUGCCCUCCUGAUGGGUGUUGAAUGGUCAGAUUGUACAAAAGUUGCAAAGCUGCUUGGCAUAAAGACGUUUCUUAAUGAGUUCCUGGCAUUUGGUCAAUUGUCAGUAUUUAUCAAUAAUAGGAAAACUAUGUCAACAGGACCUGUUUUGUCGGUAAGCAUUAAAUGACUUUUUGUUAUAGGUAAUGUGGAAGGUUUGAUUGGAGGGAGGGUAGACAAACUCUAGGGGGGGGGGGUCAGAUCUAUCAUAAACACAUAAAUUCCAAAGUAGUUACAAUUAGUGGAUGGCAUGGCGAACAGUAUGUGGUUUCUUCAAAACAAUGAAAAGCCAACGAAACAUUCCCAUCAGUGAGCUGUAACCUAAAUAAUUACCUUACCUGGUUCCAAAAAUGUUUCAGAUAAAACCUAAAUGUGUAGAUCAGUAUAACCAUGUUCCUUAAUUGUAUAACCAUGGUUCUAAAGCACCCCUAAAACACCCCAUUAUAACAAGAACUUUAUUAAUUUUCUCAGCUUCGAUCAGAAACCAUUGCAGUGUAUGUGCUGACUGGAUUCACCAAUUUCCUAUCUGUGGGAAUAUUCCUGGGAGGUUAUGGUCAGUUAGCACCAAAUCGUAAAACAGACAUGGCAAGGAUUGCUAUACGAGGUCUGAUAGCUGCUACUCUGGCAUGUAUGGUCACUGCGUGUGUUGCUGGUAAUUAAUCCUUUUGCUGUAAAAUCAUGUAUCUUGAAAAAUGGCACAUUUAGGUCAGCGAUAGAAUUAGGGUAGGUGUAGGAUUAGCAUUUUUAUAUAAAUAGCGGAGACCAAUGAAAAAAUUGAAAAUUUUCAGAACGUUUGGAAUAUGUUGGGCCAUUUUUUUUAAAAUUUUCAAAAAUUUUCUGUGGUCCCCUUUUAUGACCCUAUGGUUGCCCCCCCUCCCCUUUGUAUUUUCCAAAAAAAUUAAAAAUGGUUUUAUCAGUUCAAAGUAAUUCUUUUGAUGAGAGAAAUGUUUCUCGACAAUUUUUAGCAAGUUUGGAAUAGUUUGGGGCAUGUUUUAAAUUUUUGAAAAUUUUGCUGUAGUCCCCCAUUUUAUGAAACAAAAAUGAGGGUGCGAAAGGGGGGGGGGUAUGGAUCACGUAACUUCAUAACGACAAAAACAAUUUCACGGAAAACUAGAUUCUAAUAAAAAAUUAUAAUAAUAAUAGGUUUAUUAAGAGUAUGUUUAAUGCAUGGUACAGUAUCUACGCUUUAAGUUCUCUCACUUCUCUACCUAGCUGUCAGUUAAAAACUACCUCAUAACUUGCAAGUUUGAGUCACGAGCAUGUACGACGAUCUCCGCGAGUGUCCUCAGCGUCAGGAACCUUGUCCUCAACGUCAGGAACCUUGUCCUCAGCGUCAGGAACCUUGUCCUCAGCGUCAGGAACCUUGUCCUCAGCGUCAGGAACCUUGUCCUCAGCGUCAGGAACCUUGUCCUAAAUUUGGUUAUCGCAUAUCAUGUUUAUUAUGACUGUUAUAAAAUAGAUCGAAAUAAACAAUUAGCAAAAUCACAGUUCAGGAAACAGAGGAUUUUUAUCAACAAUCACGGCUGUAAAACAAAUCACAUUUCACGACACGAAAAUCAAGCAUUUCACGCGAACAAAUAUUGAGCAUUCACGUACGGCUCACGAAAAUACCCUUUCCCACCCUCAAAAAUAGGAAAUUUCUUGUUUUAUCCUUUGUCCGCUUAGAUGUUACAGUUGAUAUUAGCAAAUAACCGUACAUUCAAAUCUCUCAUUGUUUAGGUAUUUUGUACCAAGAGAACUGGGAUCAGUCAUCAAAGUUGAACCAGAUGACAUGACAGGGAAGGAUAGUUGAAACUUGGCUUAUUUUUUAGACCAAACAGAAUAUUUUUUUUCGUGCAUAUUUCUCAUAUUGACUUAUUAUUAUAUAUAUAUAUAUAUAUAUAUAUAUAUAUAUAUAUAUAUAUAUAUAUAUAUAUAUAUAUAUAUAUAUAUAUAUAUAUAUAUAUAUAUAUAUAUAUAUAUAUAUAUAUAUAUAUAUAUAUAUAUAUCAGGGACUGUAAGUAUAUAUAAAAUUAGAAUAUUUUAAUUUCUAUUUAUAUUAAUUAAAGGACAAUGGCAACAAAAAAUUUUAUUGUUUCAUUUUAAAGAACGUUUAAAAUCAUCUCUAAAAUCUUGUUAUUUAUGUUUCAUAUCUUCCUUGCUUGAUUCUUUGACUGAUCUCGACAGCCAGUGAUCAAUAUGAACCCGAAACACGAUUUAAUUGCUAGUUCAAAUUUUGAAUUGAAUAAAAACAAUUUAAACAACUUUUGAUUGUUACUCUGUAUAAACUUAGAAGUAAUUUUAUGAAGCUAACCCCACUUCUGACGUCAUCAAAACGACAGUUAAUGAGGUUAAGAAUUAAUCCAAGAUGGCGGACAAGCUCAUUGCUUUCAGUCAAAAUAUUUCAAGAGUUACUGUAAGCUUGAUACGAAAAAUCUGUAAUAAAAUUUUAUAGAUAAUUUUAAACGUUCUUUGUAUUGAGAUAAUAAAAUUUUUUGUUGCCAUUGUCCUUUAUAAACUAUGGAAAACAUGUACCGGGAAAAUUAUAAAUUCUGAAUAAUUUUUGUAUUGAGGAAAAUUAUAAAUUCUGAAUAAUUUUUGUAUUGACCAAUCAGGGAGAUUCUUUUGUAAAUACCAACCAAUCAGAUGUCUGUAUUGAAGCAGAAAUAAUAGCAUUCCAGAGAAUAAAUUAUAUUCAAAUUUAGGGCGGCUCUCAAUUUUCACUCGAAGUCUUCGCCUGUUAUUUGUACUUUAAAGGUGAAGAUACGACGCUUAAAUACAGCAAAAAAGCACAAAAUCCGAAGUUAAAGGCAAGGUUAAGGUAUGUUCUAUCAUUUUGAUGUGAAAUGUUGAUAUUUUAGCGAGUUAAAGUGGUUAAAACUACUUGUCGAAGUUGACAACCGCAAGUCGCUUCACGUUCGAUGUUCGUUUUGUUCUGGCAUAUUACUGAAUUAUACCUUACGUUUCGUGAAGUUUAGUUUAAAUUAGUAGAGAGAAGAGUGCAUUAAGUAUUUAGGGUAUUUUGGAGCUAAAUGUGUUUUAAAACUUGUCAUUUUAGCGAAAACAAGAAAUGUUGAAAUUGUCCAGAAUGUCGUCCCGGCCAUGUGCUUGCUGCGAAGAGACUCAGACAUCGGACAUUGUGAUGAAUGGUUGACAAUGUGUGUCGCUGGCAAACCUACACCUCCCACUGCACUAGGCAGUCAAGUAUUUUUAACCUGCACAUUUUUGUUUUUAUUUCCCCAAUUUUUAUUUUAUGUUCAUAAAUAUCAUGACUCAUGACUUUUAUUAAAGCUGGAAGGAGUUGAGAUUCCCCACUCAACUGCAUGCCUUCUGAACAUUAGACUCCAUUUUACAUGCUACCAUUUUACCAGUAAGAUUUUUUUGAAAAUUUUGCGAUAUAUGUUGUAUGUAUAUAGCAUGCAUGAGCAGUACCAUUUCAGUUUUAUUAUUUUUCCAAGGUCUCUGCGAGACUUCCAAUCAUUCAGCAUGAACAAAAGCAGUACAUGUAAAAAGAAAGGCGCCACUUUUUGGGUGUACUGUUUUUCUGUGUUGAAUGGCUGGAAGUGCUGCAGGUAUCUUGGGAUAUCUAAUAAAGUUGUGAUGUUAUUUCGGUGCUGUUUCUAUAAUGGGCAGCUUGCUAUGGCUAUAUGCCUUAGCCUAAAAAAAUUUCAAUUAUUUUUCAAAUAAAACAUUUUGAGUGCUGUUUCUAUAAAGAACAGCUUGCUAUUACUAAAACUUGGUUUACUACAUUCAGGGAUGCCUGUACUUUUCAAUCAACUGUACUUUUCGAUUGACUUUCCAAAUUACUUCACUGCUGUUUCUAUAUGGGACAGCUAUUACUAUCACUCUAUGUUUUAGACUGUCUAAUAAAAUAUAGACUAUGUCAUUUUUGUAAGGAUGACAUCUACAUACUAUAUUGCAAUGCUAGCACAGUUUAUUGACAUUUCAAAUUUAGAAAAACCUAAGAUUCACUGCCCAUGUGUGUUCUAGUUACGAUGAAAGGCAAGUGUAAAGUGCCGUUCAUGGCUUAGGGAUGUACUACAUUUUAUAAAAAUAUGCAGUAGUUUUACACAAGUAUAUAUAGUGUUUUUAAACUACAUGCUAAAAGUUUCCGACUGUUAAAAUUGUGGCAUGUAAUUGUGGGUAUCUUGCUAGGACUUGCAAUUUAAAUAUUUACAAGCGCAUUAGGUCUCUUAGAUUUUAGUUAAGACCAACAUGAGCGAGUGAGAUAAACUCGACUAGCUUAGGAUAAGGCAUCAAGCGUGAAAUCCACGCAUUAGACCCCUCAGGAUCGGACCCCAACCCUUAUUUCAAUACCAAAUGUGAAAUUACCCCCACCUUACCACAUCAUUGAAGAGUAUUGGUGGAUAUCUUGGGCAAAUGUGCAUUAUCUUGGUGGAUAUCUUGGGCAAAUGUGCAACACCAUGAGGGAUAUCUUGGGCAAAUGUGCAAUACCAUGAGGGAUAUAUUGGGUAAAUGUGCAACACCAUGAGGGAUGUCUUGGGCAAAUGUGCAACAUAAUGAGGGAGAUAUUGGGCAAAUGUGCAAUACUAAUGGAUAAAAUGGUAUGAAAGAAAGUGUUGUAAGGUUAGUGGAUAUUUAUAAUCAAGCGUAAAAAAAUACCUGUGGUUCUGGUUUCAUAUCGCGAAAAAAUUAGGGACGGUAGAUCGG